AUGCUGGUGCUGCGAGUGUUAUGUGUUACUGCAAGAGUUGCUGGUGCUGCUAGUUUUACUGUAAGAGAUGCUGGUGCUGCUAGUUUUACUUUUAGAGAUGCUUGUGGUGCUAGUGUUACUGUUAGAGAUGCUUGUGCUGCUAGUGUUACCGUUAGAGAUGCUGGUGCUGCUAGUGUUAUGGUUAAAGAUGCUGGUGUUGCAACUGUUUCAGUUAGAGAUGCUGGUUCUGCUAGUGUUACGGUAAGAGAUGCUGGUGCUACUAGUUUUAUGGUUAGAGAUGCUGGUGCUGAUUGUGCUGCUGGUGUUACAGUAAGAGAUGCUGGUGCUGCAACUGUUUUGUUUAGAGAUGCUGGUUUUGCUAGUGUUACGGUAAGAAAUGCUGGUGCUGCAAGUGUUACGGUUAGAGAUGCUGGUUCUGCUAGUGUUACGGUUGAAGAUGCUGCUAGUGUUACAGUAAGAGAUGCUAGUACUGCUAGUUUUACUUUUAGAGAUGCUUUUGCUGCUAGUGUUACUGUUAGAGAUGCUGGUGAUGCAAGCGUUACGGUAAGAGAUGCUUGUGCUGCUAGUGUUACGGUUAAAGAUGCUGGUGUUGCUAGUGUUACAGUUAGAGAUGCUGGUGCUGCUAGUGUUAAGAUUAAAGAUGCUGGUGCUGCUAGGGUAAUGGUUAGAGAUGCUGGUGCUGCUUGUGUUACGGUUAGAGAUGCUGGUGCUGCAAGUGUUCUGGUUAAAGAUGCUGGUGCUGCUAGUGUAACGGUUGAAGAUGCUGCUGCUGCUGCUGCAAGUGUUACGGUAAGAGAUGAUGGUGCUACUAGUGUUAUGGUUAGAGAUGCUGGUGCUACUAGUGUUAAGAUACGAGAACCUAGUGCUACUAGUGUUAUGGUUAGAACUGCUGGUGCUGCAAGUUUUACGGUUAGAGAUGCUAGUGCUGCAAGUGUUACGAUUAGAGGUGCUGGUGCUGCUAUUGUUACCGUUAGAGAUGCUGGUGCUGCUAGUGUUGCGGUUAGAAAUGCUGGUGUUGCAACUGUUUCGGUUAAUGGUGCUGGUUCUGCUAGUGUUACGGUAAGAGAUGCUGGUGCUACUAGUGUUACGGUUAGAGAUGCUGGUGCUGCUGGUGUUACGUUAAGAGAUGCUGGUGAUGCAACUGUUUUGGUAAGAGAUGCUGGUUCUGCUAGUGUUAUGGUAAGAAAUGCUGGUGCUGCUAGUGUUACGGUUAGAGAUGCUGGUUCUGCUAGUGUUACGGUUGAAGAUACUGGUGCUGCUAGUGUUACGGUAAGAGGUGCUUGUGCUGCUAGUUUUACUUUUAGAGAUGCUUGUGGUGCUAGUGUUACUGUUAGAGAUGCUGGUUCUGCUUGUGUUACGGUUGAAGAUGCUGGUGCUGCUAGUGUUACGGUAAGAGAUGCUUGUGCUGCUAGUUUUACUUUUAGAGAUGCUGGUGCUGCUAGUGUUACUGUUAGAGAUGCUGGUGCUGCUAGUGUUACGGUUAGAGAUGCUGGUGCUGCUAGUGUUACGAUAAGAGAUGCUGGUGCUGCUAGUGUUACGGUAAGAGAUGCUGCUGCUGCUAGUGUUACGGUAAGAGAUGCUGGUGCUGCUAGUGUUACGGUAAGAGAUGCUGGUGCUGCUAGUGUUACUGUUAGAGAUGCUUGUGCUGCUAGUGUUACGGUUAGAGAUGCUGGUGCUGCUAGUGUUACGGUAAGAGAUGCUGGUGUUGCCAAUUGUUAG